AUGAAUCCUAAACAAAAAGAUAUUAUGUACACUUUAAAUAAAUAUGCAGAUAUAAAUCCUUCGGAGAUUCAAGAGCAUUUUGCUCUUAACCUGAGUACAUAUGACACCCAUGAAGUAUACAAAGGACCAAUUAUUCGAAACAGUCAUAAAAUUCUAAGAACUAUUCAUGAGCCAACGCCAGAAAGCGAAGACUUAGAAAGUCUGGAGCUAUACGACUUAGAUGACUCAAAAAAUUUAUUCAAAAGAUACUUGACAGCUUUCGGGAAGAAUAUCACUACGAGAUAUGGUCGUGCUGUACAUUUCUACAAAUUCGUUAAAUCCCUCGUCGAUGUUAAUAGAGAGCAUUAUAAUGGAAACAAAACUACGGAGAUAAAUGAAAAAUCUGAUGUUGUCGAACACCCGACUGAUUACUAUUAUUGA